CCCCGUGUCUGUCCGUAUAACUAGACACACUUGUUUCUUUCUGCCGAGGCCUUCCUUGAGUUGGUUGUCAGUCUAAAUUUCGGAAGUGCGAUCCUUAUAUCACCGUGAAAAUGUCUCUCUUAGGUGUAGUUGGUCGCCAGAUGAGAAAUCACCCAGCUCUGAUCCCGCUUUUUAUGUUCAUCGGGGGCGGGACCACAAUGUCCCUCCUGUAUCUUGCCCGUCUUGCCCUGCGCAACCCUGAUGUCUGUUGGGACCGCAAGAACAAUCCGGAACCCUGGAACAAGCUGGGCCCCACUGAUCAGUACAAGUUCUACACUGUGAGUAUAGAUUACAGCAAGCUGAAGAAGAACGGCCCUGACUUCUAAGCGUGGCCCGUUCCUAACCCUACGUGCGGAAGGACCACUGAUGCUUGGAGAAGCCGAUCCGCACAAUAACCAGCAUUAGUCAACCCAAUGGAUGCAAGAAGCAGACCGCACAGUUCACCCUUGGUCUUAUCCCCGGUUUGGAAUGCUAAAUGGUGUCAUUUUUGACCCACUGGUGUUUUUCUACCUUUAUUUAUGGGUGUCUAGCAAUAAAAUAAAAUGGACAUCCGCCUAA